AUGGUCAUUCAUACGAUUAUUCCAAAAUCAGUUAUAACUGGACAAUUGCGAAGUAAAUGGGAUAGGAAGAACGGAAUUGCAGUUUUUCCGGGCUCCAGUGAUUUUUCUAAUUCAGUUAAGGAUGAAAGGGCUGAAUUUAAUAUAUGGGAAGUCCAGCUUGAUCCGAAACGGUACGAAGGAUUGGCUCGUCGUGUUAUCAGCGAAUCUCACGAUCACUGCUUAAACUUUUAUAUGGGAGACCGCGUAAAAAUGGGGUUACUUGAAUGGAUUGUUUGGCACUUUCCUCAAGUCGAUGAGCUGCAUAAAAAAAUGAUCCUUGAAGCUCACGUAAUCCGUGAACAUCGGAAUUACUGGCCUACUAUUUAUGGAUAUGUUGUGAGUGGACGCAUGAAUUCUGCAGUAGAAUUGUUAAAUGUAUCGGUCAAGGACUCAAAUGAUAAAAGUGACUCGUCUCCUGAAUAUGUUUUGAAGUGGAGGCAUUGGCAACAGGAAUGUCGCAAUAGCUUGACUGGUGAUAUCCAACAGCAUAGACAUUUACAUAGAUUAUGUAGGUCUAGUACUGGGAAUGUGAAGUUAGCUACUGAUAUCUAUAAAAGCCGCAAAGUAAAAAUAAUUUCUGAUCUGUUACAGAUAUUAUGUGGCGAUGAAAAAGUUUUACAGGAGUUAAGUAAUGAAGGCGUCAUUCACACGUGGUACCAUCUUUUAGUUGUUCAUAUACUAUUUCGAAAUCCAACUACAAAAGUUUACGAUCUUCACUACAGUAUUGAUCUGUCGUUAGAAUUAUUUUAUGGUGACAAAUCGCGUUUAGGAAAAUUGGAUGAAGUAAUAUCUGCCAUUUUCCUGUUAGACACUGUGCGAGUCAUUAAAGAAGCCAGUUAUGGAACUGACUUGAGGGAAUAUUUGCUGUUGGAGUACGGAUCUUCGUUAAUGAGUGCUAGAUAUUAUUUGGAACAGUACAUAUCUAGGAUUCCUUUAGAUAGCGAGAAGAAGACUCGAAAGGUGCUGCAUGUUUGUGAAAAGUAUGGUUUAUCGACGGAUCUAGCAGAUAUUUGCCGAGAAGAAUGUAUGACCGCCAUACGUAGAGAAAAACUAGGUUCAGCGAUAUCUUGGGCAUUAUACGUUAAGGAUGUCACUCUGAUUAAUUAUAUUGUCGAUUGCUACAUGUCCGCGUACAUCAAAGACGGUAACGCUGAUCGUCUUGCAAUAGUAGACGACAUUGGAGCAGCCAUAACGUUAACUGGUCAAUUAGCAUUUUUAGGGAAAUUCAGAGAAUUUCAUACAUUUUGUAAUACUGGAAAUCUCGUUGAUGCAGCAUCUAUCUUGGUUUUACUUAUGGUUGAUGGCUUAGCUUCUAAAAAAUAUUGGUGGAUGUUGUUAUUGGAUGCUAUUCCGUUAUUUGAAACUGAAGAGAUUUUAUUUGACAGCGAUCAAACAUACGAGUUACUUCGGUGUUUAACUGAGAUUGAACUUUCGCUACGGGGGCCUGGUGAUAGCUGGAGCAAUCGCUUAACAUUGAAACAGCAAGUUCACAAAAAUUCUGAAGUUUUACAUGACGCUUUAAAUACAAUUCGAAUCGCCUUGGCUCGUAACCUCGCACGCGCUCACAUUAAUGAAGAACAAUGA